AUGCUUCUGACUUUGGCUGUAUUCGCGCUUGCGCAAGUAAUCAUGUCGUCAAAACCAUUAGACGAAUAUAAUUCUCAAGCAGUGGGAGGAUUUAUGUUUUACUUUCUCAAUAACGACCGGCCCAGUUUGGACAAGGAGCCGGUACAUGAGAAAAAAUUCCAGAAAAUUGCCAGUGUGCCGAUCAUUGUAAAUAACACAGCUGAGAUCACUUUGGAGUUUGCUGAUGCACUUGCUUCUGCUGCGAGCCACGACAUGAUGGUAAAACAACAGCUUGAUAAGAUCAAAGAUGGCAAGUCUCUCCAUUAUGGGUGCUAUGAUGAACCAUUCGGAGAAGGUAGUACACAGCUCCGUAUCACUUGCAAUUUCAAAGCCGGAAGCAAACCUGACUCUUCCGAAUCUGAUGAAUCAGAACCACAAGACAAAAUUAAUAUCGAAGCAAUGGGAGGAUUUUACCUUUACUUUCAUCGAUACGACCAAGGCAGUUUCUCCAAGAAUCCUGAACAUGAAGAAAAAUUCCAGAAAAUUGCCAGUGUGUCGAUCACGGUAACGGACGUAUAUUCCAUCACUACGGAUCUUGGUAACGCACUUGCUGGCAGCUCCGACAUGAUGGUAAAACAACAGCUCAAAGAGAUCAAAGAUGGCAAGUCUCUCCAUUAUGGGUGCUAUGGUCAAGAAAUCGAAGAAGGUGAUGUCAAAAAACACCGUGUCACUUGCAAUUUUAAAGCCGGAAAAGCUAAAAAGCCUAAAAAGUCCGAGUGA